AUGGCCUCGAUAGCUCCUCUGAAGCAGGUCUUCAGCAGAUCUACUGGCGCGACUGCGAGGAGAGGGUUCGCGACAACGACCAGACUUGAUGCCAGUUAUGGAUUCAUAGGACUUGGGCAGAUGGGCUAUCCAAUGGCUUCCAACCUCCGCUCCAAGAUCUCUUCUUCCGACAAGAUGUACAUACACGAUGUCAAUCCAGCAGUGACCGAGCAAUUCGCGAAAGAAAUCGGCAAUGUCGAGAUUGCACAAAGUGUCCGAGACGUGGCAGAGAAGUCGUAUCAACAGGAGACAAUCCUCACAGUCCUACCCGAACCUCACCAUGUACAAAACGUCUUUCAGCAGAUGCUCCGGCCAGACGCGACUCUCGCUGAGGCACCGAACAACCACGAACGUCUCUUCAUCGACUGCAGCACAAUCGACCCCAAGAGUUCCGCAGGAGUUGCAAACGCAGUACACAGCAGUGGCCAAGGCCGCUUCGUGGACGCACCAAUGUCCGGCGGAGUCGUCGGAGCUCGGGCAGGAACCCUAACAUUCAUGCUAGGAGCAUCAGAAGAGCUUGUGGAGCGAACAACGGAAGUGUUGAAGAUGAUGGGCAAGCGCACAAUCCAUCUCGGGCCCCAGACAAGCGGGUUGAAAGGCAAGCUCGCGAACAACUACCUGCUCGCACUGAACAAUAUCGCCACAGCCGAAGCGAUGAAUAUGGGCGUGAAAUGGGGUCUCGACCCAAAGACCUUGGCAGAUAUGAUCAACACAGCCACUGGCAAGUGCUGGCCCAGCGAGAUCAACAAUCCCGUGCCCGGUGUGAGCGAAAACGCACCAGCGGGUCGUGAUUACAAGGGCGGGUUCGGCACACGAUUGAUGUUGAAGGAUCUCAAGCUGGCGCUCCAGGCUGGUGCCGAGUCGAAUAUCGUGCCGCAUCUUGGUGCACAUGCGCAGGAUAUAUACUCUGCGGUCGUGGUGGAUCCGGCAUGCAAAGACCGAGAUUUCUCGGUCGUGUAUAGAUAUAUUGGUGGCAAGGAAUAG